AUGGAUCAGCCAUCCACUAGUGCCGAAGCUGCUGCAGCAUCUGGUGCUGGUCCCGAUCCACGCCUCGAGCUAAUGGGCUCCUUUGUCAUCAAAUCUCUUAAAUUAAAACCAGAAAAAUGGACACGUGUCAUCACCGUAGAAGAGCACAAAGGCAUCAUUAAGGAAUUUCUUGAUCGUCCUACACCAGUUGUCCUAAUAAUAAUUCUAACACAAGCAGCACAACUAGUACCCUCCACCACAUUCCCACUGUCACAACUCAAAAGUAAGGGAGUGUAUUUCAUAAAGAAACAUCCCUUACCCAUACCCAGAGAAGAGUGCAGCAACUUUAUAAUCUGUGGUGAUUUAGCCACACGCACCAUAGAUCAGUUAUCAGCUUUAGUAGAAGAGGUGUUGGUGCCUUUGCUUUCCAAUGAGGAUAACUAUAAGACCUGGCCAUUUAUGGUGGCUCAGGAUGUACAAAAACAUGUGCACAGUUUGAAAAGCACGGUGCAUCAGGUGAAAGGGCAAGUUAGUGGUGAAACUAUACUGGCAAUGCCGGUGGGAGUGGAGAAAAUUGUUAAGGCCGCCAAUAAAAUAGGUGAUAAUCCUCAGCUACAAAUUGAUUUGUAUUUGAAGAGUGCCAUUGAGGGAGUGGUCAUCAAAUGGGCAACGCAGGUGCAUGAAGUUAUUAAGGAGAAUCCAGCAAAUGCUUUUUUGAAUGGCCAGAAUCCCACACCGCACACAGAAUUUAUAUUUUGGAAUAAUCGUUUGAAAAAUCUUUCCUUUAUCUUUGAACAAUUACGCAAUGAGCGUAUACGAGCCAUGGCUUUGGUAUUAGAACAUUCAUGUAGUGCUUAUUAUCCUUGCUUUCAGACACUAUUCAAAAAUGUAGUAACUGCUUUGGCAGAGUCUAAAGACAUCACCAUGUACAUAAAUCCCUUAAGGAAAUGUGUACAACAAUUAGAGGAAAUGGAUUUUUCCGAAUGUAAACCCGUACUAAUACCUCUAAUGCAUGUGGUAUGCACUAUAUGGGGCAAUUCCCGGUAUUAUAACCAUUCAUCGAAGAUAACAAUAUUGCUGAGACAACUGUGUAAUUUGAUUAUUCAUCAGGCUAAACGUUAUUUAGAUCCUUCCUCCAUAUUCCAUAGCGAUAUUGAUGAGGCCAUGCAACGCCUGACAUUGUCCAUAGACAUUUUAAAAUUCUUUAGAGCUUUAUUUGAUUAUUACAAAGAAAUAAUUGCGGAAUUUUUUACGGAACCCGAAGAGAGGCCACCGAUUAACUGGACCUUCCAUCCAAAUUCAGUUUUCAAACGCUUUAAUGCUUUUCUCGAACGUUUAACCACCAUACAGUGGUUUUUCUUUACAGUGAUUGAAUUUCUGAAGUUAGAGAAGGUGGAGAUCGGUGGUCUGCGUGGUCGCCAACUGAGUACACGCAUCACGGCCGUUUAUGUUGAAUUCAAUCAAUACUUUACGGCCUUCGCAUCGAAGAAUUAUGAUGUACUCGAUCCCGAUGAUCAUGAGUUCGAUGUGGAUUUUGAAAACUUUCAAGUGCGUAUACUCGAGUUGGAUAUGAAAUUGGCCGCUAUAUUAUGUCAGGCAUUUGAUGAUUGCUACAACUUGGAAAGUAUUUUCAAGCUGAUUAACAUAGUGGGCAGUGUGCUGGAGAGACCCAAAAUCAAAGAACAAUUUACCCAAAAAUAUGCUGAAAUUGUACGCAUGCUCGAUGAGGAGCUGUGCGUAUGCGAGAACAUAUAUGAACGACAAAUGUUUAUGAGAACCGACAAUUUGACAUUGUAUCCAGAAUACAAUUGUCCACCUGCUGCUGCUUUUAUAAGAUGGUGUAGCCAACUGGAGAGAAGAAUUACCGUGCCGGUUAAACAAUUUCAAGCAUUGCAGCAUGACAUUGUUACAUCUGAAAAGUCUUUGGACAUUGUCAAACGUUAUGAACGUUUAUUGUUGAAAAUCGGCGCCAGUCGUGCGUAUGUCUUUGGCGAAUGGUCGGAGAAAUUGAACGAACAAAUCGAAACGAAUUUGCAAAAGUCUCUGAUAACGCGCGAUCCCUCGACAAAUCUAUUAAUACUCAACUUUAGUUCUGAAUUAUUUUGUAUUUUGCGUGAGGUUCAUUAUCUAAAACAAAUGGAAGUUGAGGAUAUACCUCAGGUGGCAUUGGAUUUUGCGGAAAAUAGUGAUAUCUUCCGCACGUACACUUUGAAUUUGGAGAAAACUAUCGAUUGGUAUAAUGCAAUACAAGAGAAUAGUUCACCGGUAGAGUUGAAAUUAAUUGAAUCGGAAAUAAAGUUGAUCGACGAUUUGGUGGAGGUGGGCAUCAAUGAGUUGGUUUGGAAUUCCGAAGAUAUCAUGGCAUAUUUGCAAAAACUACGACAACCUGUGGCCGCUUUACAAAAUCGCAUGGAUCAUACCCAAGGUAAUCUAAGGCAAAUACACAAUAUUAUGUCGGUAUGGAUCAAACAUCCCUUGUUCGAGCGAAAAGAUGCUAAAAAAGAUGCUGUGCUUUGUAUCGACGAAAGACCAGAUCGUACAGCCAAGAGAUAUGCUGAAAUUAUAGCAGCUUCUGAUGAUAUACAUCAACUUUUGCAUGACAAUAUCAAACAAUUCGAUAUGGAUGACAAGCAAGAUGAUGAAAUGUGGCUGAAUUAUGUAGAUUUCGUGGACAAUAUUGUCUAUGAGCAUUUAUUGAAAACGGUGGGCGUUAGUGUGGGUUAUAUAGUGGAGAAUAUGGAUCCGGAGAAUAAUUAUGCUCCCCUGUUUGAGGCACGUUUGGAGUUGAGAGAACCAAAUAUGGUGUUUGUGCCUUCGUUAAAUCCAGCAGAUUCCAUGGGCUUUAAUAACAUGUUGAUUGAAUUGGUGAGAGACAUUUUGAAAAUGGCCAGUUUGAUUAAGCGUUUGAAAAAGAAUGAGAAACGCAGUUAUGGCGAUAUGGUCAAGGAGAAUCAGGAUAUUAUCGAUAUGAGAAGAGAGAUUUUGAAUGGGGUUGAUUUGGUAAUGGAAGAAGCCGCCAUGUUCUGUAGACAAUUCGAAAGAUAUUCCUAUUUGUGGCUGGGUGAUCGUCAUGAGUGUAUGGAAUAUUUUUUGGAAUAUGGACGUAUGCUGGAUGUGGACGAGAUUGAGCUGAUACAAAUGAAUGAUACGAAUGCUCCCAAGCCUUGUCCGCCCACCAUUGAGGCAUUUCGUGAACAAAUUGACAACUAUGAGAGUUUGUUCAACGAAAUUGAGGAUAUAUCACCCUUUCAGGUGUUCAGUUCUUGGUUUCAGGUGGAUGUUAGACCUUUUAGGCAAGCUCUGCUGAAUACAGUGUGCAAGUGGGGCAAUAUGUUCAAGACCCAUUUAGUGACUACAGUCACAUCAAAUUUAAUGAACUUGAGCAAUUUUAUACGCAAAGCUGAUGAGGGUUUGCUGCAAACGGUCAAGGAGGGAGACUAUGAGGGUUUAGUUAGCAUAAUGGCCUAUCUAAUGCAUGUUAAGGAGCGAGCUCUCAAAACCGAUGAAAUGUUUGAACCCAUGCAGGAAACCAUACAGCUAUUGAAAUACUAUGACAUGGACAUACCAGAAGAAGUUAAUGUCUUAUUGCAGGAAUUGCCCGAACAAUGGGCCAACACUAAGAAAAUUGCCUCUACAGUGAAGCAACAAGUUUCGCCCCUGCAGGCCACCGAAGUGGUAAGCAUACGUAAUAAGGUGGCUGCCUUUGAAGUCUAUGUGCAACAAUUCCGUGAUGUCUUCAAACAUUAUGACUUUUUCCGUUACGAUUGCCCCCUCCCCUAUCUAUUGGCUGAUCGCAUCAAUGAUGAUAUGUUUAGGCUGGAAUGUGAAAUGGCUGAAAUACAAGAAUCGGGUAGUCUUUUUGAAGUUAAUAUACCCGAGUUUAAACUACUCAAGCAAUGUCGCAAAGAAUUACGAAUGUUAAAGCAAUUAUGGGACUAUGUUUUCAUAGUCCAAACCUGUAUUGAGGACUGGAAGACCACACCCUGGCGUAAGGUGGAUGUUGAAAAUAUGGAUAUUGAGUGCAAAAAAUUUGCCAAAGACAUACGUCUUUUGGAUAAAGAAAUGCGCACUUGGGAUACUUUUAUUAAUUUAGAAUCUACCGUCAAAAAUAUGUUGACCUCUUUGAGGGCUGUGGGUGAACUACAAAAUCCCGCCAUUAGAGAAAGACAUUGGAAUCAACUUAUGAAUUCCACCAAGAGUUUAUCAGCUUUACCCAAGGAAAUAACUGUUAAAUUCAUAAUGGACCACGAGACAACACUGUCUGAGCUGCUUGGCCUGAAUCUGCACGAAUGUGAAGAAGAGGUUAAGAAUAUUGUGGACAAGGCCGUCAAGGAAAUGUCUAUGGAGAAGAUUUUGCGAGAUUUGAAUACAACAUGGUCUGCGAUGGAAUUUGAUCAUGAACUCCAUCCACGCACUGGAUGUAAUCUCCUCAGAGCCUCGGAAGAACUCAUAGAGACUCUCGAAGAUAAUCAAGUUUGUCUACAGAAUCUAAUAACAUCCAAGUACAUCGCCCAUUUCCUCGAAGAGGUAUCAGCAUGGCAGAAUAAGCUAAUGAUUGCUGAUCAGGUGAUAACCGUCUGGUUCGAGGUGCAACGCACUUGGACCCAUCUCGAGAGUAUCUUCAUGAGUUCGGAAGAUAUUCGUAAACAGCUACCAGUCGACUCGGAUCGUUUCGAUCGCAUCGAUACGGAAUUUCGUAUACUAAUGAGUGAAAUGGCCAAAUCGAAUAAUGUGGUGGCGUCGACAAAUCGAACCGGGUUGAUUGAACGCUUGGAAACCUUGCAGAAGGAGCUUACACUAUGCGAAAAGGCUUUGGCAGAGUAUUUGGAAACAAAACGUUUGGCUUUUCCUCGUUUCUACUUUGUGUCCUCCGCCGAUCUAUUGGAUAUUUUAAGCAACGGCAUACAGCCGGACAUGGUGACCAAACACUUGACGAAACUAUUUGAUUCUAUAGCUAGUUUGAAAUUUAAUCAUGGCGAUCAAAAGGAAAUCGUUACAGCUUCGGGUAUGUAUGCCAAGGAUGGCGAAUAUGUGGAGUUCAAUGAAAUAGCCAACAUGCGGGGGCCCGUAGAAGUGUGGCUCAAUCGUAUACAGGCCGCCAUGAGAGCCUCAUUGCGCUUCUUUGUUUCCGAAGCUGUGGUGGCCUAUGAGGAAAAGCAACGUGAACAAUGGUUGUUCGAUUAUCCUGCCCAAGUGUCGCUCUUGGGUUCGCAAAUUUGGUGGUCUACAGAGUUGAAUAUAGCCUUUAGUCGCCUGGAAGAGGGUUACGAUAAUGCCAUCAAGGAUUAUUAUAAAAAACAGAUCUCGCAAUUAAGUUUACUGAUCACCCUUUUGCUGGGGGAACUCACUAAGGGAGAACGCCAAAAGAUUAUGACUAUAUGCACCAUUGAUGUGCAUUCACGUGACGUGGUGGCCAAAAUGAUUCAGGCCAAAUUGGAUUCCGGUUCGGCCUUUAUGUGGCAAUCCCAGUUGCGCCAUCGUUUCGAUGAUGUUGAAAAGGACUGCUUUGCCAACAUUUGCGAUGCAGAAUUUCGUUACAAUCAUGAGUACUUGGGUAAUACACCACGUUUGGUUAUUACACCCCUAACGGAUCGUUGUUACAUUACAUUGACUCAAAGUUUGCAUUUGGUAAUGGGUGGUGGACCCGCUGGUCCUGCGGGAACUGGAAAAACUGAAACUACUAAGGAUUUGGGUAGAGCUAUAGGCAUAAUGGUGUAUGUGUUCAACUGUUCGGAACAAAUGGAUUAUCAAUCGUGUGGUAACAUUUACAAAGGUUUAGCCCAGACCGGAGCUUGGGGCUGUUUUGAUGAAUUCAAUCGUAUUACGGUGGAGGUGUUAUCUGUGGUGGCUGUGCAGGUAAAAUCGGUGCAAGAUGCCAUACGUGACAAGAAGGAUACGUUUAAUUUUAUGGGCGAAAUGAUUACUUGUGUACCCACUGUGGGUAUAUUUAUCACCAUGAAUCCCGGCUAUGCAGGUCGCACUGAACUGCCUGAGAAUUUAAAAGCUUUAUUUAGACCUUGUGCUAUGGUGGUGCCAGAUUUUGAAUUGAUUUGCGAAAUUAUGUUGGUAGCUGAAGGCUUUCAAGAUGCUCGUGUUCUGGCACGCAAGUUUAUAACUUUGUAUACUUUGUGCAAAGAGCUGUUGUCCAAACAGGAUCACUACGAUUGGGGUUUGAGAGCCAUUAAAUCGGUUUUAGUUGUAGCAGGUUCAUUGAAGCGAGGUGAUCCUGGUCGUCCUGAAGAGGAAGUACUAAUGAGAGCCUUGAGAGAUUUCAAUAUACCCAAGAUCGUCACCGAUGAUAUGCCCGUAUUUAUGGGUUUGAUAAGUGAUCUUUUCCCUGCCCUGGAUGUGCCGCGCAAAAGAGAUCAAGAUUUUGAACGUACGGUAAAACAAGCAGCUUCAGAUUUACUCUUACAAACCGAGGAUACUUUUAUUCUGAAGGUAGUGCAACUAGAGGAAUUAUUGGAAGUAAGACAUUCCGUUUUUAUUAUUGGUAAUGCUGGCACUGGGAAGACACAAGUAUGGAAAACCCUUUUGCGCACCUACCAGAAUAUCAAACGGAAACCUAUAUUCAACGAUUUGAAUCCGAAGGCGGUUACCAACGACGAGCUGUUUGGCAUUAUAAAUCCCGCCACGCGAGAGUGGAAAGAUGGUUUGUUCUCGGUAAUAAUGAGAGAUCAAGCAAACAUAACGGGCGAUCAACCCAAGUGGAUUGUGCUCGAUGGCGAUAUAGAUCCCAUGUGGAUCGAAAGUUUGAAUACUGUAAUGGAUGACAACAAAGUCUUGACUUUGGCCAGCAAUGAGCGCAUUGCGUUGACGCCUUCGAUGCGUUUGCUUUUUGAGAUUUCAAAUCUGAGAACAGCCACACCGGCUACUGUAUCCAGAGCGGGUAUUUUGUAUAUAAAUCCCCAGGAUUUGGGUUGGAAUCCGUAUGUGACCAGUUGGGUGGAAACACGUAAAAUACCCUCCGAGAAGUCCAAUUUAGUUAUGUUAUUUGAUAAAUAUAUACCAGCUUCAUUGGAAACUAUCAGAGUUCGUUUUAAGAAGAUUACACCCAUUGCGGAAAUGGCUCACAUACAAAUGUUAUGCCAUCUGCUGGAAUGCUUUUUGACACCGGCCAACACACCAGCCGACUGUCCCAAAGAGUGGCAUGAACUGUACUUUGUUUUUGCCUGCAUUUGGGCAUUCGGUUCGGCUAUGUUCCAGGAUCAAACCAUCGACUAUCGUGUGGAGUUUAGUAAAUGGUGGGUUAAUGAGUUCAAAACCGUUAAAUUUCCCCAGGGCGGAACGGUAUUUGAUUACUUUUUGGAUUGUGAAUCUAAACAAUUCGUAUCCUGGACUGAAAAAGUACCCAAAUUUGAAUUGGAAAGCGAUUUACCGCUGCAAGCAAUAUUGGUUCAUACUUCAGAAUCCAUAAGAAUACGAUUCUUUUUGGAUUUGCUUAUGGAUAAAAAGCAUCCGGUUAUGCUGGUUGGCACUGCAGGCUGCGGCAAAACUGUGCUGGUUAAUGAAAAACUGCAAUCGCUUUCGGAAAACUAUGCUGUCACCACUAUACCAUUCAAUUACUAUACAACUUCUGAAAUGCUACAGAAAAUCUUGGAAAAGCCUUUAGAAAAGAAAGCUGGACGCAACUAUGGACCACCUGGCAAUAAAACUCUUAUCUAUUUUAUCGAUGACAUGAAUAUGCCCGAGGUGGACUGUUAUGGAACGGUGCAACCGCACACCUUAAUGCGCCAACAUUUGGACUAUGGCCAUUGGUAUGAUCGCAACAAGUUGAGUUUGAAAGACAUACACAAUUGCCAAUAUGUGGCCUGUAUGAAUCCAACAGCUGGCAGUUUCACCAUUAAUCCUCGUUUACAGCGACACUUUUGUGUGUUGGCUGUAAGUUUCCCCGGUUCCGAGUCUAUAACAACCAUGUAUUCUUCGAUUUUGUCGCAACAUUUUACCAAUGCCGAACAAAAGUUCAAUCCGAUAGUGUCGAGAAUGUCAGGAAACAUUGUGGCAGCCACGUUGGCAUUGCACAACAAAUCAUCGCAGAUAUUUUUACCCACGGCCAUCAAAUCACAUUAUAUUUUCAAUUUAAGAGACAUAAGCAAUGUUUUUCAGGGCCUUCUUUUCAGCACAACCGAUUGUUUACCCACCGCCACGGAUCUAAUACGCCUGUGGCAGCAUGAAACCCAACGUGUCUAUGCUGAUAAACUGAUCGAUGAGAAGGACAUUGAUAGCUUUACUAAAAUGCAACAUGACAUUGUGAAGAAAUCCUUUGAAGAAAUUGACGAAUCGGUGAUAUUUGAUAAACCGAAUAUUUAUUGUCAUUUCGCAGGAGGAAUUGGUGAACCCAAGUACAUGCCCAUCAAGGGAUGGACUGAGCUUCACAAACUCCUCACGGAGGCAAUGUCUUCAUAUAAUGAUCUUGUUGCCGCCAUGAAUUUAGUACUUUUUGAGGAUGCCAUGAUGCAUGUGUGUCGCAUUAAUCGUAUAUUGGAGUCGCCUCGAGGUAGUGCUCUGCUGGUGGGUGUGGGUGGUAGUGGUAAACAAUCAUUGGCUCGUCUGGCGGCGUUUAUAUCGAGUUUGGAAGUGGUGCAGAUCCAACUGAAACAGGGUUAUGGCAUAAAUGAUUUAAGGAAUGAAUUUUCAGGUUUAUAUUUAAAGGCAGGUCUCAAGAAUGUGGGCAUUAUGUUUCUCAUGACAGAUGCUCAAAUUCCCAAUGAGGAUUUUCUGGUCCUUAUCAACGAUAUGUUGUCCACUGGCGAGAUUCCAGAUCUAUUCCCCGACGAUGAAAUUGAGAAUAUUAUAGCCGGUGUUCGUAAUGAGGUCAAAGGUGCUGGUCUGGUGGAUUCGCGUGAAAAUUGCUGGAAAUUCUUUAUAGAUCGUGUACGCAAGCAGCUGAAAAUAGUUCUGUGUUUCUCGCCUGUUGGUUCAACAUUACGUGUUCGGUCAAGGAAAUUUCCUGCCAUCAUCAAUGCCACCUCUAUCAACUGGUUCCAUGAGUGGCCUCAGGAAGCUCUUAUCUCAGUGGCCAUGAAUUUCCUGUCACAAAAUGAGGUUUUGCCUGCAAAUCAUCAGGAUUCGGUGGCUAAAUUUAUGGCCUAUGUCCAUACCUCAGUGAAUUCCAUGUCCAAAGUGUAUUUACAAAACGAAAGGCGUUAUAAUUACACCACACCCAAAAGUUAUUUGGAGCAAAUCAGCUUGUAUUUAAAGCUUCUAAAUGACAAAUACAAGGACUUGCAAAGUAAAAUCGUGCGCUUGGAAAAUGGUUUGGAGAAAUUACGCUCCACAGCUGUACAGGUGGCUGAUCUCAAGGUAAAAUUGGCCGUACAGGAAAUUGAGCUAAAAGAGAAAAACGAAGCGGCCGAUGCUUUGAUCGAGAUAGUGGGCAUCGAAACGGAAAAAGUACAAAAUGAAAAGGGGUUUGCCGAUGAAGAGGAAAUGAAGGUGGCCUUUAUAGCCGAUGAAGUGUCGAAGAAACAAAAAGAUUGUGAGGAAGAUUUACUAAAAGCAGAACCUGCUUUGGUGGCUGCCCAAGAAGCUUUAAAUACCUUGAACAAAGCCAAUCUAACAGAAUUGAAAUCAUUUGGUUCUCCACCGGGUGUUGUGACCAAUGUUACGGCAGCUGUUAUGGUUUUAUUGGCUCCAGGUGGAAAAUUGCCCAAAGAUCGUUCUUGGAAAGCAGCCAAAAUUUCCAUGGCUAAGGUGGAUUCAUUUUUGGAUGCUCUCAUCAAUUAUGACAAGGAAAACAUACAUCCGGAAAUUAUUAAGGCUAUACAACCGUACUUAAAAGAUCCCGAAUUUGAGCCUGAGUUUGUUAGAUCAAAGUCGGGUGCUGCAGCCGGUUUGUGUGCUUGGGUCAUUAAUAUUAUUAAAUUUUAUGAGGUCUUCUGUGAUGUCGAGCCCAAGAGAAAGGCUUUAGCGGCUGCUAAUGCUGAGUUGGCAGCAGCUCAAGAAAAAUUGGCGGGUAUUAAGAGAAAGGUUACGAGUUUGGAAGAACAAUUGGCAAAGCUGACUGCAGAUUUUGAACAGGCUACAGCCGACAAAUUACGCUGUCAACAAGAGGCCGAUGCUACUCAAGCUACCAUAGCUUUAGCUAAUCGUUUGGUGGGUGGUCUGGCUAGUGAAAAUGUACGCUGGGCCGAAGCUGUUAAUAAUUUCGUAAAACAAGGCAUAACUCUACCGGGUGACAUUCUACUAAUCACUGCAUUCAUAUCGUACGUCGGCUGUUUCACGAAACAGUUUCGCAUAGACUUGAUACAAAAAAUGUGGACACCAUUCCUAAAGAAUAUAGAUCCUCCCAUACCAACAACGGAAAACUUGGAUCCCUUAUCGCUGCUAACAGAUGACACCACUAUAGCUGUAUGGACAAAUGAGUGUUUACCAUCUGAUCGUAUGUCUAUAGAAAAUGCUACCAUACUAUCGAAUUCCGAUAGAUGGCCAUUAAUGAUAGAUCCUCAGCUACAAGGUGUUAAAUGGAUAAAACAAAAAUAUGGCGAGGACUUGAUAGUCAUACGCAUGGGACAACGUAGCUAUUUGGAUGAAAUCGAGAAGGCCAUUACCAAAGGAAAUACCGUGUUAAUAGAAAACAUCGAUGAGCAAUUGGACCCAGUAUUGGAUUCUUUAUUGGGACGCAAUUUAAUUAAAAAGGGAAAGGCCAUUAAAAUCGGCGACAAAGAGGUUGAAUACAAUUCCAGUUUCCGCUUGAUAUUGCACACCAAAUUAGCGAAUCCUCACUAUAAACCUGAAAUGCAAGCACAAACCACUUUAAUUAAUUUCACUGUUACACGUGAUGGUCUAGAAGAUCAGCUUUUGGCCGAGGUAGUCAAGGCCGAACGUCCAGAUUUAGAGGAACUAAAAGCAGAACUAACCAAGCAACAAAAUGAUUUUAAAAUAAUGCUUAAACAGUUGGAGGAUGAUUUAUUAUCUAGAUUGUCCUCGGCAGGGGAGAAUAUUUUGGGUGACACAGCUUUGGUGGAGAAUUUGGAGACCACCAAAAGUACCGCCUCAGAAAUUGAGGAAAAGGUGGCUGAAGCGAAAAUAACUUCCAAAGAGAUUGAUAAAGCCAGAGAAUAUUAUCGUCCGGCCGCUGCCCGAGCCAGUCUUUUGUAUUUUAUUUUGAAUGAGCUCAACACCAUUAAUCCGAUAUACCAGUUUUCUUUAAAGGCUUUUAGCGUGGUUUUCCAAAAGGCCAUAGCCAAAGCAGAACCUGGCGAAACUUUAAAUUUACGAGUUUUAAAUUUAAUUGAUUGCAUAACCUACUCGGUGUUUCAAUAUACCUCACGAGGCCUAUUUGAAUGUGAUAAAUUAAUAUUUGCUUCACAAAUGACUUUCCAGAUUCUUCUUAUGAAUGAAGAAAUAACUUCUGCGGAACUAGAUUUCCUACUCCGCUUCCCGAUUAAACCCCAUGUCACCAGUCCAGUUGAUUUUCUCUCCAAUCAAUCGUGGGGCGGAAUAUGCAGUCUAGCUUCUAAAGAUGAAUUUAGAAAUUUAGAUCGUGAUAUUGAAACUUCUUCCAAGCGUUGGAAAAAAUUAGUGGAAUCGGAAUUACCGGAAAAGGAAAAAUUCCCACAGGAAUGGAAGAAUAAAACGGCAUUGCAGAGAUUGUGCAUGAUAAGAGCGUUGAGACCAGAUCGUAUGACAUAUGCUUUGGCAGAUUUCAUUGAGGAAAAACUCGGCUCCAAGUACGUGGAAAGUCGUGCUAUGGAAUUUGCCAAGUCGUUUGAGGAAGCCUCACCCUCGACACCCAUCUUCUUUAUACUAUCACCGGGUGUUAAUCCUCUUAAAGAUGUGGAAGCUUUAGGAAAACUAUUGGGAUACUCACAGGAUUUGGAUAAUUUCCACAAUGUUUCAUUGGGUCAGGGUCAAGAGGCUAUAGCUGAAGCGGCCAUGGAUACGGCGGCAAAAAAUGGUCAUUGGGUUGUAUUACAAAAUAUACAUUUGGUAAGAAAAUGGUUGCCGGUAUUGGAAAAGAAAUUGGAAUAUUAUGCGGAAGGAUCCCAUCCAGACUACAGAAUGUUUUUGAGUGCUGAACCGGCUUCUACACCCUCGGCCCAUAUUAUACCACAGGGUAUUUUGGAAUCCUCUAUUAAAAUCACCAAUGAACCUCCAACUGGCAUGUUGGCCAAUCUCCAUAAGGCUUUGGACAAUUUCACCCAAGAGACUCUAGAAAUGUCGGGAAAAGAAGCUGAAUUCAAGGCUAUACUUUUUUCACUUUGCUACUUUCAUGCUGUGGUAGCGGAACGACGUAAAUUUGGGCCUCAGGGUUGGAAUAAGGUCUAUCCCUUUAACGUGGGAGAUCUCAAUAUUAGUGUAUCGGUGCUUUAUAAUUAUCUGGAGGCCAAUGCCAAAGUGCCUUGGGAGGAUUUACGUUAUUUGUUUGGUGAAAUUAUGUAUGGUGGUCAUAUUACGGACGAUUGGGAUCGUAAACUGUGCAUUACCUAUUUGGAGGAGUAUAUGCAACCGGAUUUGGUAGAUGGUGAGUUAUUUUUGGCUCCUGCUUUUCCAGCUCCUCCCAAUACAGAUUACCUGGGCUAUCAUGGCUAUAUCGAUGAGAAUAUGCCCGCCGAAUCUCCUUAUCUAUAUGGUUUACAUCCAAAUGCUGAGAUAGGUUUCUUGACAACACGCGCCGAAAACAUAUUCCGCACGGUAUUUGAAAUGCAACCCAGAGAUGCUGGUGCCGGCGGUGGAGCCACCGUCACUCGUGAGGAUAAAGUUAAACAAAUAGUAGAUGAAAUCAUUGAAAAACUACCAGAAGAGUUUAACAUGAUAGAAAUCAUGAAUAAGGUGGAAGAAAGGACGCCCUAUGUUAUUGUGGCUUUUCAAGAAUGUGAGCGUAUGAACUACUUGACCAGUGAAAUGAAAAGAAGUCUCAAGGAAUUGGAUUUGGGCUUGAAAGGAGAACUUACCAUCACCUCCGAUAUGGAGGUAUUGGAAAAUGCUUUAUUCUUAGAUCAGGUGCCGCCCGUAUGGACCCAAAGAGCCUAUCCUUCCCUUUUGGGUUUGAAUAAUUGGUUUAUUGACUUGUGUCUACGUCUGCGAGAAUUGGAGACAUGGUCUACGGAUUUUGUGUUGCCCUCUUGUGUUUGGUUGGCUGGCUUUUUCAAUCCUCAAUCAUUAUUAACGGCAAUUAUGCAAAGUACUGCACGUCGCAAUGAGCUGCCAUUGGACAAAAUGUGUUUGCAGUGUGAUGUGACAAAAAAGCAAAAAGAAGAUUUUACAUCAGCGCCAAGAGAAGGCGCCUACGUACAUGGUAUAUUUAUGGAAGGCGCCAGAUGGGAUAUACAGCAGGGUAUAAUUAUGGAGUCGCGUCUUAAAGAACUUUAUCCCCCAAUGCCAGUCAUUAAUAUACGGGCCAUUACCCAGGAUAAACAAGAUCUACGCAACAUGUAUGAGUGUCCCGUCUAUAAGACCCGCACUCGUGGUCCCACUUACGUCUGGACUUUCAAUUUAAAAACUAAGGAUAAACCAGGCAAAUGGACUUUGGCUGGUGUGGCUUUAUUGUUACAAACAUAAAUAUUAAAUUUGUUUAAGCACAAAAUGUUUUGAAUUUUCACCAAAUUUUACGAUAAUGUUUUUUU